UCCCUCCCCCCCGUCGGCCCCCCGCCCCCUCCCCAAACAGCUUCAACUGUGGAGCUGCUUGAGUCGAUCACUUACUACAAAAUGGCUGCACAGGCUCCGACGCCGCCGCCGCUGCCGCAGACGACGAAAAGAACGAGAAAGGACGACUGAGAGCUUCGACGGGAGAAGAAGCGACCGAUACAAGGCGAGAAUCGUUUGAUGGAAGAUAAGAAAAAGAAAAAUCAAGAAGAGAAGAAAAAGAAAGAAGCCGCCUCGAAGAAGAACACCGAACAGAAAACCAAAGUGCCGGACUCUGCCAAGCUCAAGCCAAUCGCUCCUCUGCCCCCCGCCCACCCCAGCGUCACCCCGCCCGUACCCCCAAGCAGUGGCGAUGGCAAGCGCGCCCUCAGCGGAGGCCAGCCACUCGCCACCUCGCAGACUCCGCUCCAGCAGCGCCACCCGGCCAGAGAGGUGCCACCGCGCUUCCGCCUGCAGGAGCAAAAGCAGCUGCUGAAGAGGGGCCAGCCACUCCCCCCCGGGACCCUGACGCUCACCGCCACAGGACGUCCCGCCACCGCUGGGCCCACAACGGCAGCAGUAGCCAGCUACCCCGAUUCCCCCUCAACAAACCUGCCAUCAGAACUGCCCCCACAGAGCAGCCAGGGAACCCAGUAUGAUAAUCCCCUUUGGGGACACCUGCCAGGUGACAGGAGUGCCACAAAUCCUGCAACUUCCACUAACUCAAGUUGCAGUGAACAACUGAUCAUCGACCAGAAGGACAUAGAGGCUUGGCCUUCUAUUACUCUUGGCCAGAAUAAGGCCCCUCAAGGAAGAUGCUCUUUGGAGUCUGACCCUGGUCACUCGACCAGCAGCAGUAGCACUUGUAGUACCAGUAGUAACGGUAGUAGUAGUAGUACUAGUAAUAAUAGUGGUUGGUGUUGUACGAGUAUGGCCACAGGGGCCAAUAGCCAGACAGGCCACUUCCCUGUCAACCACCUAAACGGUAAGGCCAGCACUGGACUCAGCCCUGCCAAUCAUACUGGAACCAACAUGCACUCAAGCCAGGUUACGGCCAAUCGCUGGGGCUCUGGGUCUGGACCAUCUCAGUCCUCCUUGGGCAGUGAAGGGAAAAAUGACAGUCCAGCGGGAGGGGGGAGCAGCAGGGGUUGGGGCUCUUCAUCAUCCUCCAACACCAACUGUAACUUGAACUUAAACCCCAAUGCUAAUCCAUCCGCAUGGCCCGUGUUAGGCCAUGAUGCGGGUGCAGCAGGGGCAGGCAGCUCAGGGGGAGCCAACAUCAUUUCACCCCCACAAACUACACCAAACGUCUGUAAUCCUACUGGCUCCCCAUCAUCCCAGACCAGCACCUAUACUGCAGACAAGACUAACAGUAACUCCUCGGGUAUUGGCAGUGCCUGGGGGAGCAUAAUGACCUCUGAUGCAUCAGAGUCGCAACCUUUGCCAUCCACGAAUGUGUCUUUCAGUUCAGAACCUCAGAACCUUAAAACUGAUGGACCAAAUCACAUUAAUAAGCAGGAACAACCGAGUCCCACUCACCACUUGCCAAGUUGGGGCAAUGCAUCCGUUGGCCUGGGUGCAAUGGGUCAACAGUCAUCAGCGGCCAAGCAGGUUAAUGGAGAAGAUAAUUCUUCCGUAUGGGGAAUUGAUGGCGAGUCGAAGACACCGUCAUCGAAAGAAUUGUCUGGCUGGGACUCUGGCUGGGGCCAGGGCGGAAGCGGAUCAGGACAUUCUGGAGGCUGGGGCGAACAAUCCGGUGGAGACUGGGGCAAGAAGCAAACUGAAGACUCCCAAGGAGGCUGGGAUGCCCCCAGCUCUCCUCCCCAGGACCCACCGACUAGCUCUUGGAACAGAGCUGUGAGCACGACUGCUGCCAGUGAGGGAAGCAGUGACAGCAUGGAAGGUCAUCCCAGGUCCAAACUCCAUUCAUCCAGAGAUACCCCUGCUCCUCUGUUGCCUGCCCAGGAUCUUGACCCGAGGGUAUUAUGUAAUACUGGAUGGGGACAGACCCCUGUUCGCCAGCACACAUCGUGGGACAUGGAGAAUACUAAAACCAAGAAUGACGGUGCCGCUGAAUCCUGGGACUCUCAAACCGGUCCUGAUGCCAAGGGGCCUUCCAAUUCUAACAUGGGUCCCCCACAAAGAACUGACACUGGGAGCAAAAAUGAGGUGCCUGCUUCUCAGGGAGCUUCAGGUUGGGGAGGAAAUAUAGCUGCUAGCAACCAGUCCAGCUCUGGCUGGGGAGAUCAACCCAACACCAUUAAGUCCCCAAGUGGUCCAGGUGGCUGGGGAAAUCUACCAAAAGGAGUUCCCACCCCCACUAUCCCUAAGAAUAGUGGUCAGUCUUGGGGUGAAGAGAGAUCAACAGGUUGGGAGGACUCUCGUGGCAAGCCAACGACCCAGAAUUGGGGAGAGCAACCCAAAGCAUCCCACAGCUGGGGCAAUAGUGGACUAAGCAAUUCUGCAAAUGACUGGGGAGACCCCGAGGAGAGAAAAAAGAAUCCACCCACCUCUGCCUGGGAGGGAGAAACGGGAGGCUGGAAGGAAACUCCUCGAGGCUGGGGAUUGCCUUCAUCGGGGCAAAGGAUGUCAGGUACUGGAGGCAAAGCGGGCUGGGUAGACCCAGUUAGUCCGCGUCCCAGUGGCCCUUCCCAGGGCUGGGCGGCCAAAUCUCAGGAUGGACCCAGUGGUGGUAUUGGAGGGGGCAUCAGCUCUUGGAGUGGCUCAGGCUCUGUGAAGCAGGGCUGGACCGGCAGUAAGCAGGAAUCCUCUGCUGAACCUACAGGUUGGGAAGAGCCGUCACCGCCCUCAAUCCGCCGCAAGAUGGAGAUCGAUGAUGGCACCUCCGCCUGGGGUGAUCCUGGUACCUAUAACAAAUCCGUCAACCUGUGGGACAGAAACAAUCCAGGAAUGUCUCAAGCUAAAGCUACUACCGGUGGCAAUAACCCCAUAGGCCCCAACAGCAGUCAUACCCAUUCUCACAAUCACGCUUAUCAAGGACCACCUGCACCUUUACAGAAUCAUGCCCAAAGUUCACAAAACCCAGGACCCACCAGUGGGCCCAUGGAUCCUGUUUUGCAGCACCAGUCGGGGUCAUCUCACAACAGGGGUCCCAUGAUUGCUCAAGGCUGGGGAGAACUCCCCAGCUCCCACACGAAACCCGAAAGUUCUUGGGGCGAAACUACACAUUCAGUCAACGUGGACAACGGUACAUCUGCUUGGGGAAAACCAACUGGGGGCUCCACUGGCUGGGGCGAUGGCACCCCAGACAACUACAGUCGGGGCAACCCAACCAUGACGGGUCCAACUUGCAAACCAGCCCCCAAACCUAUGCAAGAGGGAUGGGGAGGCGGAGGUGAGGAGUUGAUCCUCUCCGGAGGUCAGUGGGAUGCAGAGGACGGGGACAUGUGGAACAGCACCGCUUCCCAGGAGAGCAACUCCUCCGCUAACUCUUGGGGAAACGCCCCCAAAAAGAUCCCACAAAAGGUCAAAGUUCCGGGGAAGCCAGAAGAUGCCUGGAUUAUGAAUCGUCUUAUCAAACAACUCACAGACAUGGGCUUCCCGCGGGAUCCGGCAGAGGAGGCUUUAAAGAGCAACAACAUGAACCUGGACCAGGCCAUGAGUGCCCUGCUGGAGAAGAAGACCGAACUGGACAAGCGGGGGAUGGGAAUGGCUGGACACGACUACAACAACGGGCUUAUCAACAAACCCUUGAGCUGCCCUCGACCUGCACUUCUCUCCAAAGAACCCUCCUCGGAUCCCCGCUCAUCCUUCAUGGAUAAACAAAUGCAGAGUGGAAUGUUUGGUGGUGGAGCAGCACAAGCCCGGGCCAUGCCCCAGCCGCCUCCUCAGCCGCCAGUGCCGCCUCUCGGCUCCUCUCAGCCUAGUCUACGCGCUCAAGUGCCUCAGUUUCUCUCCCCUCAGGUUCAAGCACAGCUCUUACAGUUUGCAGCAAAAAACAUUGGUCUGAAUCCUGCACUUUUAACCUCGCCAAUUAACCCUCAACAUAUGACCCUUCUGAAUCAACUCUACCAGCUGCAACUGGCUUACCAGCGUUUACAAAUUCAGCAGCAGAUGUUACAGGCACAGCGCAACGUUUCCGGACCCAUUCGACAACAAGAGCAGCAAGUUGCACGUACAAUCAAUAACAUGCAGCAGCAGAUCCAACAGCACCAGCGUCAGCUGGCCCAAGCUCUGCUCAUGAAGCAGCAACAACAGCAGCAGCAGCAGCAGCCUCCCCACUCCCACACGGGCCUACAUCACGGCGGGACCAAAUCCACCCUUGAUUUAUUUCCAGGCCACUCCCAGGCUCCGGGCCUCCCUGACCUGCAGACCAAAGAGCCGCAGCAGUCUUCUCAAAACACCUACAGCCCGUAUUCGCUCUCUGGACUGAAUCCAAACAUGAAUGUAAACUGCAUGGAGGUGGGCAUGUCGAUGAAGGAUUCGCCCCAGCCCCAGUCGCGCCUGUCACAGUGGACGCACCCCAACUCCAUGGAAAGCCUCUCUGGAGGCUCCUCUCCCUUGGAGCCCAACCUGAGCAAACACGGUACCACUCUGGGCCCCCCUGGCAAGCCUCCUCAGCUGGAUGACUCCUACAGCCCCUAUAACCUGAUGUCCAGCUCGGAGUCUCCCACCAGUCCUCUUGUGCCCCCAGACAGUUGGGGCCAAGGGAAGGGCAGUAGUGACAAGAUGGCCAACGGGACGAACAUCAACUGGCCGCCAGAGUUCUGCCCGGGCGUUCCGUGGAAGGGUCUCCAGAAUAUCGAUCCGGAGACGGACCCCAACAUGACGCCGGGUAGUGUCCCAAGUGGUCCCACUAUCAACACUAAUAUCCAAGAUGUCAACCGCUACCUGUUGCGAGACAGAAGUGCAGGCUCUUCCCCCACUUCAUCUCAGAACGAGGCUCUGCCUCCCUCCUCUGAUUGGUCAGUCAGUGCCUACACUAGCUCAUUCAGUCUGUCGUCCCCGGAGCCAGACGAAACAGGUAAACUGUCAGAGAUGAAAUCCACUUGGUCCACAGGGCCCAUCUCCCACAGUCAGGCAUCUCUUUCCCAUGACAUGUGGAAGGUUCCACAGGGACCCCGGAGCAGCUCUGCAGCCCCCUCCCGCCCGCCGCCGGGCCUCACAAACACCAAGCCGUCCUCAACGUGGGGGGGCAACUCUCUGGGUCUGUCCCAAGGCUGGAGCAGCUCUUACACCACGGCAGGCACCACGUGGAGUACAGACAGCUCUACCAGAACCAGCAGCUGGUUGGUUCUGAGAAACCUUACUCCACAGAUUGACGGUUCAACUCUGCGUACACUGUGCAUGCAGCACGGCCCGCUCAUCACAUUCCACCUCAACCUGACACAGGGCAACGCUGUAGUCCGCUACAGCUCCAAGGACGAGGCUGCCAAGGCUCAGAAGUCCCUGCACAUGUGCGUGCUCGGGAACACCACCAUUCUCGCCGAGUUUGCCGGAGAAGAGGAAGUCAAUCGCUUCUUUGCACAAGGCCAGUCGCUCGGCGGGACAACCAGCUGGCAGGCCAGUCCGGGCGCCAAUCAGACGAGGAUGGGCGGGUCCGGGUCGGGAGCCUCUCACCCCAUCGGCCACACCCCCCACUGGAACAACAACAACAAUGGCAGCGGAGGCUCCGGUGGCGCAAAGGCGGGCGGAGAUCUGCUGUGGGGUGGCGUGCAGCAGUAUUCCAGCCUGUGGGGGCCCCCUAGUGGAGAGGAGGGUCGGGUGAUGGGGAGUCCCAGCCCAAUCAGUACGCUGCUGCCUGGAGACCUGCUGAGCGGGGAGUCCAUAUAAAGACAACGGAGCAGAAAACUUGCAAAAUCAAGAUGGAGAUAAUCAGCAUGGGAGUAACCAAUGAAGGUGAGGGAUAAGGCGUGAUGUGUCCAUAUCCUCGCUACUCCACCUCAUCGCCUUCCUGUGCUCCCCCUUUUUGGGGGGCGAGGGGGGAGUAGGCUCAAGUUGCAGUUCUGUGAAGUAAAAAGUCACAGCGUUGAGCUUUUACACUUGGAGACACGGGAAGUUGUCUUUUAUUCAUAUUCAAAAAAAAAAAAAAUUUCCACGCGUGAUCGCGUGGAGUGAAACGUGUACAUGUACCGUCGCAGUGACGAGCUGCCAUCUUUGACUCUGCUUAAUCCCUCUCUGCCUUUCCGAGGCAAUCAUACUGCACCUCAGAGACCCGCGACAAGGCAUCAUUCCCAAAGUUAAAAAAAAAAAAGUCAAUCAGAGCACUGGUUGUGUACUCUUUGGCUGUUCUGGACUCUUAGCACUAAUCUUGGCCUUAACCUCGUUCCCACCCUCGUUCCCUCACUCACUCCGUAACUCGGUGAAGAACCAUAUGGACCCUUGCACACCCCCCUUGUCUCUGAGCCAGUGGAAGUCGAGCGGAGAGUACAUGCUGCUGCGGCCUAACGGAAGCAACCACAGCUCCCGUCUACAAACAGUGCAGAGCCCCCCCCCCCCCACACGCACACACACACAAACGCUCUCAAAGGGAAUGAUGCAACUCUGUUCGCCUUGUUCAAGCCAUUUAUUUUUGUAGUGCAUUUUGUUUUCUUUCUUGAACCAUUGCAAACAAAUUUUUUAAAAAUGCUUUUAUUCAGACAUGUUCGGGGGGGUGGGGGGGUUAUGUGGGGAAGAUGUGACGGACAAACAAAAUGAACCACUGCUAUUACCAUGGAGCUGUAACAACUAGAAGGAGAAAAAAAAAACAAACACUUGGAUGCACUUCAACUGGCAGUUUGGUCGCUGACCUUUUCACUGCACCUCAAGACAGGAAGAAAAAAAGAAAUGCGUUAGGUGCCACCACUCCAGCCCCCGCCAUUUUUGUCACAAAACAACCAUUUCAAGUGACGUGCAAUAUAAGCCACAACAGACUGUACCGUCCACGCUCCUAACUGAUCGGCGGGAGAACCACCACCUGCAACACCGCUCGACUACAACUGCCACUAAAUACCCUCAACCCCCUUCCGGCUGCGAGUGUGUACGUGUGUAUGUGGAGAGUAGCAACCUUGUCUGUCUGAUAUUCAAGGACACUCACUUAAAGCACUUCUCAGCAGGCGACAGGUGUGCGUGUGUGUUUGUGAGAGAGUUUGCUGCAUGAAUGUGUGUAGAGAGAAGGCAUCAAACCAAAAUGAAAGGCGCCUCUACUUUUUUUUGGGGGGGCCCAAAUGAAUGAAGUCCAUGUGAAAGGCCUGGUAUGUCAUAGCACUUAUCAAGAGCGUCCCACGCCCACUGUGCCCCACUGAUCUCGCCCGCCCGCACCCAUCAGAGAAUCGACGCUGGCAUGGAAAGUGACUGACUUGCUUAGUGGCUUCAAAUUUAACCCGGCUGUGAAGAUUUCACUUCAUGGAAGGGGGGGGGGGGGUAGCAGGCUGUACAUGGUAGCAAAACGAACACAACCGAAGGGAUAACGAUGGUGGGAGGGGGCUGCAGGGAGACAAACACACCCCCUCAACUUCCUUGCCAUCUUAAAAAAAUUUUUUUUUUUUUUGAAAGCCUUGAUUCCUGGGCAGGCGUGUUGUACUCACGUCAGUGGAGGCCAGCCAGUGUGGCCGCUGAGUGCCUGCUUGCUUGCAGGGCGCCGCGCUCCGCAAGCAGAUCCCAACUCCCCCCACCUCCGUCCGCCCACCGCCGCCGCACCCAACGCCCUCCUCUUCCUCCAGGCCGAGAGCAGCCCCGCCUGUAUUCAGUGUACUACUACUAUUCUUCUACUACUACUACGAUUACUACUACUACUGCUGCCCUCAGCAAAACUCCACUUUCACUCUGAGAUGGAGGCGUUUUUGUUUGUUUGUUUUUUUCCUUUUUAUCACGGUAUUAUUGUUGAUAUUUGCUGUCACUGUUUUUAUCAUUGCUGACUGAUGAUAUCAUGGCUUUAUGCAGUUUCCAAUCCCUCGCUCCCUUCAAAACGGACGACUUGUAUACAUGUGAGCUCGCUUCCUGUGUCCGUCCGGCUUGGAUGUGGUGGUGUUGGGGCGGGGCGCGGGGGUGGGAAGCUCCCUCAGCAUACGACAUUCGCACUCCGACAUACACUGGUGCUUUACGUUUCACCUCUGGGAGCACUCAGUUCCACUUGGAGCCACCUCCACUGAGACGCAGCCUUCCAUUUCUAUGCAAAGAACAAGGAGGUGUGAACUCGCAUCCAUCCACACCCACUACCCUGCCCCCCCCCCCCCCACCUCCACCCUCCCCUUGCCAAACAUCUCCAAUCCUCAAGCCACCUUUACUACCAAGGCAGCUUCCCGUCAGAAAGACCACCUGGACGCCCAAUUGCGCUUCAGUCUAGUGCCAACUGACAUCCAAAUAUCAUGAUCAUGUGACGACGCCUUCUUUUGCUGCAUGGUGGGGGGGAGGAGAAGGAGGAGGCCAUGCUGCUUUUUUUUCACCACCAGGAGGAGGCAGUUUUGCAUCUGCGCUGUUUAUGGGUCACAUCGGGUACAUCUCUUUUAAAAACCAAAAUACAAGAUUUUUUUUUUGCAUAAACUCAAAAGGAAACUACAAAAAAAUGUUUUAGAGCUCUGCACUCCAAAUCUGAGACGUGUCUCCUGUGUUUCUACAAGACUUCGCCUUCUCAAGCUCACCUUGGAGCAAUUCGGGCCUCCAACCUGAGGGUGGCGCCAGCUUGAAAUAGGAACACGUCUCAAGUUCGGUACCAAGUCUUAAUGUUUCUUUUUUUUUGUUUUUUUGUAAAUGUGUUCCACUCUUCCAGAGUCACUUUUUCGACUUGUCAUUCAACAAAACAAUCACUAAUGCCUGUGUUAUUUGUUUUGUUUUGAUGUGCGUUUACUCCACACUGGACUUAAUUCAAGGAACCACACUCUGAGUGGGACGGUCAGACCGGGUGACCAGUAUGUGGGUUCGGAUCUCAGAUGUGCCCCGGAUUUCUCGGCACAGCACCAGCACCGAGGGCCCCGUCUCCUUUUAUCCCCCUACCAAAUCCCCUGCUUGGGUUGGAGGUCAAAAUACAUCUCUAUAGGGUUUUUUUUUCUCCCCCCCCCUCCCCCCAAACCUUCCUUUUUUUUUUCUUCAACUCAAAAGUGACUGGAACAAAAAGAAGAAAAAAAGCGUCUCAAUCAUUGAUCAGACAAGAGGGGUCUGAGUGUCCCAAAAAAAAAAAAGAGUUGACUAAGCAAAGCUGUAUUUAAAGCAGGGGUGGGCAACCUUUUUCCAUUUUUAUAAAAGCCCUCCAAGG